AUGCGGACAUCUAAAACUCGAUCAUCAUUAAACACAUCUUCAACAAAUAAUGAUUCUUCUUUUCGAUGGCAACAAUGUUCGCAAUGUUUAAAAUCGAUACCUAAUAAUUCUGAUAAUCAUCAAUGUUCAGAUGAAUUAAAUGGUUUAUUUGUUGAACAUAAUCGAGCAAGACUUCUUAUUCAAGAACAUAAAUCUGACUAUUUCAAAGAUUUAACAUUUCCUUCAUUUAUGCAUACAGAUAUUAUAUUUAUAUCUCCGGAAACUAUGCGUCUUCUUCGAGAUAUCCAUCGAAAUGAUCAUAUUCUUCUUAUAUCAACAACAAAAGAUCAACAACGAACAUUAAGAAUAGGUUUACUUUGGUCAAAUUCACUUCUUGCUGAUAAUCAAGUUGCUAUUAGUCGCACUGUGAUUGAUCAAUUAUCUGAACAACAAAUGAUCGAACUUCGAGCAAUUCCAAAAGAUCAUAUUCUAGACACGGAUAAUGUUACAUUAAGAGCAAUUACUCCAUGUGAAUCACGUAGUACAAAUGAACGCCGUUUAAUCACAAUAUGUCUAAAGCAUCAAUUAGUAAAUCGAAUUGUUUUUGAUGAACAACAUAUAGAUUUUGUUUAUCUUGGUCAAUCAAUUAUUUUUCGUAUUGAAAAAGCAACUGAUGAUAUAAAUCUCAUUGAUUCACUUCAUUCUCUUUCACUUGAUAGUAAUCUUCCAAAGUUUUAUCGAAUUUAUCCAUUAACAACUUCAAUUAAUAUUCAUUUUGAAUCUACAACAAUGAAUAAUAAUAAUAUUCAAGUUAAAUCUAUUUCAUUAUCAGAUAUUGGUGGUUUAAAAAAAGAAAAAUCUGAUUUAAUUGAUCUUCUUGUUACAUCAACAACAAAUUAUAUUCCACCACGAGGAAUUCUUCUUCAUGGUCCAAAAGGAUGUGGUAAAACAAUGCUUAUUAAUGCAAUAGCUCAUGAAAUUUCAGCAACAAUCAUUCGUAUAAAUCCAUCUGAUAUAUAUAGUCGACAUUAUGGUGAAAGUGAAACAAAACUUAAACAUCUUUUUGCGCAAACAAAUAUAACAAAGAAUAAUAAUCUUAAGAAAAAGUAUUUACUUAUUGUUGAAAAUAUUGAAAGUCUUUGCCCUAAUCAAGAACGUAUAACACAACAAUUAGAACGAAGAUUAACAACAACAUUUAUUGAAUUAUUAGAUCGAUAUUUAGAUGGAAAAAAUAUUUUUUUAAUAGCAACAACAAAUCGACUUGAUUCAGUUGAUACAGAUAUAAGACGUCCAGGUCGAAUUGAUGAAGAAAUUGAAAUUGGAGUACCUAAUCAACAGGAUCGACUUGAAAUUUUACAAAUUAAACUACAAACAAUAUCAAAUGAUCUCAAUGAAGAACAAUUAAAACUCAUUGCAGAACGAACACAUGGUUUCAGUGGAUCUGAUUUAGAAAAUUUAUGCAGAAAAGCAAAUCAUUAUGCAAGAAAAACUAAACAAUCAAACAUAAAUUUAAAUAUAGAACAUUUUGAAAAUGCUUUAACUGUCAUUCGACCAAGUAGUAUGCGUGAAGUUAUACUUGAAGUACCAAAAGUAAAAUGGUCAGAUAUUGGUGGUCAACAUGAAUUAAAAAAACGUCUUGAAGAAAUGGUUGUUUGGCCAUUAAAAUAUGCUCAUGCACUUGAUCGACUUAAUGUUCAAGUACCAAAAGGUAUUUUAAUGUAUGGUCCACCUGGUUGUUCAAAAACAAUGGUUGCAAAAGCUAUUGCUACUGAAUCAGAUCUUAAUUUUAUUGCUGUUAAAGGACCAGAAUUAUUUAGUAAAUGGGUGGGUGAUUCAGAACGAGCUGUACGAGAAUUAUUUCGUCGUGCACGUCUUGCUGCACCAGCAAUUAUAUUUUUCGAUGAAAUAGAUGCUAUUGCUAAUUCACGAUCAAAUUCAUCGAAUUCUCAAUCUAAUGUCAGUGACCGUGUUAUUGCAACACUUCUUAUUGAAAUGGAUGGUAUUGAAAAAUUAAAAGGUGUAACAAUUAUUGCAGCUACAAAUCGACCUGAUUGUAUUGAUCCAGCAUUGAUGCGACCAGGACGUUUUGAUCGUCUUGUAUAUGUUCCAUUGCCAGAUGAUCAAACACGUUUCGAAAUCUUUCAAAUUCGAUUUCGUCAUUCACCAAUACAUUCAAAUAUUCAAAUAGAACGUUUAGUUGAAUUAACAAAAAAUUAUUCAGGUGCAGAAAUUACUGCUGUUUGUGAUGAAGCAGCUUUAAUUGCUUUACGUGAUAAUAUUGAUGCUCAUCAUAUUGAAUGGCAUCAUUUUGAACGUGCAUUAGCUUCUAUUAAACCAAGAACAAGUGAUGAACAUAUACGAAGACUUGAUGCAUUUACCAAACAACAUGGAAAAUGA